AUGGAUUCACCCAAGUACUCCCGCUUCACCGUCCUGGAGACCACCUACAAGGUCAUCGACAACAGGCACAACAUCAGCGUCUACACCUUGAUUCCCAAGACCUUGCCGCCGCCAUCGUCGUCACCGCGGCCCGUGAUGGUCAAAUUCCACGGCGGCUUCCUCAUCACAGGCACGGCGCUGUACCCGGACUGGUUCCCGCACUGGCUGAUCGAGUACGCGCUGCGCCACUCAGUGGUGACGGUGCUGCCGAACUAUCGGCUGGCGCCCGAGGCCAGAGGGGUGGAGAUCAUGGAAGACAUGCACGAUUUCUGGCGCUGGCUGAAGUCCGAUUUCCAAGCGUACCUUGACACCGCCGCGCCGGGGACCAAUGUCGAUCUGCAGCGGGUGCUCUGCACGGGCGAGAGCGCCGGUGGGUAUCUGUCUACCCAGAGCGCGCUGGGGAGUGCGACUGACGGCGGGAUAUUGCUCCGCGCCGCCAUCGCGACGUAUCCCGCCCUGGACUUGAAGUCGAGGUUCUACACUGAGGAAUAUUCCAAGGUCGUCCUGGGGGCGCCGACGGUCCCGAAAACCGUCAUGGCCGACCACCUGCGCGCACUCGACGAAGACGCAAAGAACGGGAACAGGAGGAUCGUCACUUCCGCGACGCCCCCGGAGAGACUGCCCCUGUCGCUCUCGAUGGUGCAGCAAGGCCUGAUGACCAAAUUGCUGGGCGACGAGAGGGUCUUGUUCCCGUUUGAGAGAGUCGAGGAUGUCGACCCUGAUGUUGUGUCGCCCAUCUUGAUCAUCCACGGGCAAGACGACAGCGCCGUCCCUGUAGAAGGGAGCGAGAAGUGGGUGGAGAAGGCCAAGGAGAAGCUCGGAGACGACAAGGUUGUGCUGGUUGUCCAGCCUGGUGAACACGGGUUCGACACGAACGAGAAUAUAACGCUUGAGACGCCGUGGUUGAAGGCUUCGCUGGUGCCGAUUACCGCGGCGUGGUUGGGAUCAAAGUAG